AUGGCGUUGCUGACCGGGGAUACACUGGCGCCCCUGGCUGUCGCCGUGGCCAUCUUCCUGCUCCUGGUGGACCUGAUGCACAGGCGUCAACGCUGGGCUGCACGCUACCCACCAGGCCCAAUGCCACUGCCCGGUGUGGGCAACCUGCUGCAGAUGGAUUUACGGAAUCUACCAUACUGCAUGAGCCAGCUGCGGCACCGCUUCGGGGACGUGUUCAGCCUGCAGCUGGGCUGGGCGCCGGUGGUCGUGCUCAACGGGCUGGCGGCCGUGCGCGAGGCGCUGGUGACCCGCGGCGAGGACACUGCGGACCGCGUACCUGCACCCCUCUUUGAUCACCUGGGCUUCGGCCCGCGCUCCCAAGGAAUUUUCAAUGCGCGCUACGGGCCCGCGUGGCGCGAGCAGCGGCGCUUCUCCGUGUCCACCCUGCGCAACUUCGGCCUGGGCAAGAAGUCGCUGGAGCAGUGGGUGACCGAGGAGGCUUCCUGCCUCUGUGCUGCCUUUGCUGAUCACGCCGGCCACCCCUUUAGCCCGAACUCCCUUCUGGACAGAGCGGUGAGCAACGUGAUCGCCUCUCUCAAUAUCGGACGCCGCUUCGAGUACGACGACCCACUCUUGCUCAGGAUGUUGAACCUAGUUGAGUCCCAUCUGAAGGAGGAGAGCAGCAUCCUGGCCAUGGUGCUGAAUUUUGUUCCAGUGCUCCUGCACAUCCCGGGACUGGCUGACAGGGUCUUACAUAGUAGGAGGACCUUCUUGGCACAGCUGGGUGAACUGAUAACUGAGCAUAGGAUGACCCGAGACCCGGCCCUGCCUCCCCGAGACCUGACUGAUGCUUUCCUGGACGAGAUGGAGAAGGCCAAAGGGAAUCCUGAGAGCAGCUUCAGUGCUGAUAACCUGUGCCUGGUGGUGUUUGACCUGUUCGCUGCUGGGAUGGUGACCACCUCGAUCACGCUGUGCUGGGCCCUCCUGCUCAUGAUCCUGCACCCAGAUGUGCAGUGCCGUGUCCAACAGGAGAUCGACGAAGUGAUAGGGCAGGCGCGGCGACCAGAGAUGGCUGACCAGGCCCACAUGCCCUUCACCACUGCUGUGAUUCACGAGGUGCAGCGCUUUGGGGACAUUGUUCCCCUAGGCGUGCCCCACAUGACCUCUCGCGACACUGAAGUGCAGGGUUUCCUCAUCCCCAAGGGAACCAUGCUUUGUGUCAAUCUGUCAUCAGUGUUGAAGGAUGAGGCCAUCUGGGAAAAACCUUUCCGCUUUCACCCCAAACACUUCCUGGAUGCCCAGGGCCACUUCGUGAAACAAGAGGCCUUCAUGCCUUUCUCAGCAGGCCGGCGCGCAUGCCUCGGGGAGCCGCUGGUUCGCAUGGAGCUCUUCCUCUUCUUUACCUGCCUGCUGCAGCACUUCAGCUUCUCAGUGCCUGCUGGACAGCCCCGGCCCAGUGAUUAUGGUGUCUCUCCCUUCCUGGUUUCACCGGCCCCCUACCAGCUAUGCGCUGUGCCCCGCUAGAGGGGCCAUUAACCCCCAACCUAUUCCCUAGUUGGGGUCCUGAUGUACAGUAAACCAGUCUAGUGGCUCUCACUUGGUUUCUGAGUACAACUUGGGUUCCCUGAUUAGGCCCUUGCUGCAUUGGGUCCUUAUCACCUGCUGAAGUCAGCCCUCACCCCGCCUCAUUCAUUCUUAUCCUACCAUUUGACUUUGCUUGAGAUAUUCAUGCUCAAAAGUAAACAGCUUACCCUCAAGUCACCCCCUGAGACCCAUUACUGACUUCCCAAGUUGGUUACAGUGUCCCUAGGUAAGUCCUGACUCUUUGGGUGGUUUACAGUAGGCUUCUGCUACGAAUCAUUUCAGUUUCUGAAUGAGGUGGGAGACUGUGUAGGGUCUUCCAAGACCACCUUCAGGGUCAGUGAUUUGCUAGAAGGCUUCACAGCCUUAGAACAACUGUUAUACUCACUGUUAAGUUUUAUUACAGUGAAGAAUAUAAGUGAAAAUUAGCUAAAGUAAAGCCACAUGGAACAGAGUCCUGAAAGACUAGGUAGUGGCUUCCAGCUGCCCUCUCCCAGUAGAUUCCUAUAGGCAGUGCUUACAUUUCCCAGCUCAGUGUGUGACACAGCAGAGAGCAUUGCUAAGGAGGGAAGCUCAGCCAGGCCUUGAUGUGCUGGACUUUUGCUGGAUUGCUCACCUAGACUUGACAAAAAAAUGUAAAAGGAAAUAUUAAGUCUUCCAAUCCAUAAAUAAUAAAGAAUGUCUUUCCAUCUA